GGGAGAGGGAAACAAGGGGAUAGAGCCAAGAGAGUGAUUCACCAGGGUCAAAUGCAGUGCUAGCAAUGAGGGGAAGGUGACCUCUGUGGUCUCACAAAGAGAAGAGACUCCAGGGAAUGUUGAGGGGGAGCUGGGGGAGAAUGAAAACAGAAACGAAAGAAGGAAGCUUUAGUUUUGUGGGGGGAGGGGAAUCUACUGAUAAAUGCUCUCAUGGGAGAUGGGAGAUGAAGCCCUUACUCUGUAAGAAGCCAAGGGGAUUUGGUGCCUGAAAUAUCUACUUGUCCUGCUAAGGUAGGAGUUGAAACUUUUGGGGACAACAGGCACCUGGAGGAGGAGAGGACCCGGGGACAUCUCCAGGCAAAUAUAGAAAGAAGCUGGCCAACAAGAGAAGCAGCUCCCUGGUUGGGUUCCUGUCAGCCAUCAUCUGGACCAUGAAGUGGAAUCACCAGCCAGCUUCCUACAACAGCCUCACUCCACAUUUCUACUUCAUACUCCUCAUCCUUGUGCUUUCUGGUAUUCCUAGCUCAGGCACAUUCACAGUAUCUGGCCCUCUGGUCCAGCCCAUCCGGGCCUGGGUGGGGAAAGAUGUGCAGCUCUCCUGUCACCUCUCCCCUAAGUUUGAUGUUCAGGGCAUGACUGUGAAGUGGGUCAGAGGCCCACUGGUUGUGCACUUGUACCGCAUGGGCCAGGAGAUGGAGGAAGUCCAGGCCCCUGCAUUCCAAGGGAGAACAAAGAUGCUGAGAGAGGAAAUGGCUGAGGGGAAGGUGACCGUGAUCAUCCAUCAGGUCAAGCUCUCUGACACCGGCCAGUACACGUGUUAUUUCCAGGAAGGUUUCUUCUACAAUGAAACCAGCUUUGAACUUCAGGUAGCAGGGCCCUACAGGAAGGAAUCUCAGAGCAGCCCAACGGUGCAGGGUCAUACACAAUCCCAUAGACUCAGAAGACAAACGCCAGAAAGGAGCAUUCUCAGUGACUGGCCCUGCUCAGCUCAUUCAGGCCAAGCAGGGGAAGACGUCACACUCUCCUGUGAACUGUCCCCUAAGAGAGUUGCCCACAAUGUGACUGUGAACUGGUUCCGAAACCAGACCCUUGUGCACAGCUUCUCCACUGGGGAGAAGCUGGAGGAAUCCCAGGGCACUGAGCUCCAGGGGAGGGUGGAGCUGCUGAAACAUGACAUGGCUGAGGGGAAGGUGACCUUGAAGAUCCAGGAUGUCCAGGUCUCUGACUCUGGUCUAUACACUUGCCAUGUCCAGUCAGCUGACAAUUAUGAUGAAGCCCAUAUUGAGCUGCAGGUAGCAGAGCAUCUCCCCACAUCUCAGAAGACACUUGCUGUAAUGAUUGUUGCUGUAUUCUCUGUGGUCAUCAUUGGUUCCAUCUUCACGAGUUAUUUCUUCUGCCAAAGUACAAAGAACCAGAGGAGUGGUAUCCAUAUGAUCUAUGGUAUCCAUAGAUCAAGAAGAUGGAUGAAGAAAUAGCAGGGACCAGCAGUGAUCCUCCUGCCUGUCCUGGGGACAACCAGUUUCUGGGUCAGCUACAGGAAGACCCAUCUUCCUGAGUUAAAAUCUGACCCUUAGACACUCAUUGUGUGAGACCCACGGCAGGUCACUUCACCCACCACUUCACCCUCAUCUGUAAAAUGAGCUGGAGAAGAAAAUGACAAACUGUUGAAAUAUAUUUUACCCCAAAUGGGUCACAAAGAGUCAGACAUGACUGAAGAUAAGUGACUGAGUGGUAGAAAGGGACUAUGUGUAUUUUAGAUGUUUUAUAAUGUUUGUUUAAAUGCUUGUUUGUUUUUCAGUCAUGUCUGA